AUGGAAUUCAUUGUAAGAUUUGAGAGAGCUCUUGCUCAUCAGAGUCAUAAGGAUUUGACAGCUGACCAUAUUGAUCACAAUGAAGUGCCUGGAAUGCAAUUGUCUACUCCAUUGGAAAGGCAAUUCAGGGAAAUCUACAUGAGGGAAAUGUUACAGAAAUUUCAACGAGAGCAAGAUAGAAGUCAUCAUGCAGUUGCAAAUUAUUUGAAUGUUAUGGAAUCCCAUGCCGACACUUACUCGCCUUAUUAUGGAAGAAGCAGUCGUGUAUUGAAGCAAUCGAUUUUGUUCAUGCUUUUAGGUCAAUUGAUCGAUGAUGCAUUACUGUCAGAGGAAGGUUCCAAAUUACUGCAACAAACUUUUGAAGAUCUGAAGCCCAAAACUGAAGUCUUUGGAGAAGGCAAGUAA